CCCCGCCGCGGCUGCCCCCGCCCCGCUCCGCCCCGCUGCGCUCCACCCCGCCCCUCCCGCCGACCCCAGCAGCCCCCGCGGCGCCCCGGCCCCGCCGCCGCCCGGCUAGCAGCGCCCGAGCCGCCGGCGGUUGCGAACCUGCCGCCGUGCGCGGCCCGCCGGGCGCCGCGGCCUGCGGGCGGGCGCUGGUUGGCGGCGGGGGGACACGUGAGGGGGGAGGGGGGGGAGGGGGCGGCGGCGGCAGGAGUUUCCCCGACAGCUGGAGGUUGCGGCGGCGGCUCCUCCUCCUCCCCAGGUCCCCGUUAGAGCCGAGAGACCCCCCGCGCUCCUCCUUAUUGACAAACACACAAAGGGCCGCGCCGGGGCCGGGCCGGGGACGCGUCUGGAGCCGGCAUGGGAGACAAGAAGAGCCCGACCAGGCCGAAGCGGCAGCCGAAACCCUCCUCGGACGAGGGCUACUGGGACUGCAGCGUCUGCACCUUCCGCAACAGCGCCGAGGCCUUCAAGUGCAUGAUGUGCGACGUGAGGAAGGGCACCUCCACACGGAAACCUCGACCUGUCUCUCAGCUGGUUGCACAACAGGUUCCUCAGCAGUUCGUGCCCCCUACACAAUCAAAGAAAGAGAAAAAAGACAAAGUAGAAAAGGAAAAAAGUGAAAAGGAAACAACAAGCAAAAAGAACAGUCAUAAGAAAACCAGGCCAAGAUUGAAAAAUGUGGAUCGAAGUAGCGCUCAGCAUUUGGAAGUUACCGUUGGAGAUCUGACAGUCAUAAUUACAGACUUUAAGGAGAAAACUAAGUCACCACCUGCUUCCAGUGCUGCUUCUGCAGAUCAACACAGUCAGAGUGGUUCUAGCUCUGACAACACAGAGAGGGGAAUGUCCAGGUCAUCCUCACCCAGAGGAGAAGCAUCAUCACUGAAUGGGGAAUCUCAUUAAAGUUUAUUUCUUUCAGUUUCUUUAGUCUCUUCAAAACAUGCAAAUACAUAACUUCUGUUACCACAUUUUCAUGACAGAUUGUUCAUGCACAAUUGGUAUGUUGACUGGAACAUAAUUUAUGCAGUCUUAAAUAAAGAAGAAAAGUGCAGUGGUAGAAACAAUAAUUUAAACGCAAUCUACAAAUGCUUACAAAGCAUUUUCAGACCAACUUUUUAAUCUUCAUGUGUAAAGGUGCCAUGAAAAUGUGGUUUGAAUGUUCAUUAUGCAGUGUUAUUGGUAAGUCCAUUUUCACUUUUAGUUUAGUGAAUUCUAACACAACUCUUGGAGUCUUUACUAUUGGCAUGUACUGAAUUUAAAUUUUUAUAACAUAGUUCAAGCUGCCUAAAUAUGUAUUAUUUGAGAAUUGUGAAACAUAGUUAUAUGUAUGCAAGUCAAAGAUCAACUUAAUCAACUAUUGCUGCAACAGAAUUUUCAUAAUAAUUAUCUUAAAAACACCUGCUGGUACUUGGUGUGGUUAAAUAGGGAAAAUGUUAUUAAAUAAAACAUUUGUAUGAAUUUUUGCCAAUGUUUGACACAUUUUACUAGAUUACUGAAUUAUGUUGAUGGGUUUACCAAUAUUUUUUUCACACUUUAAAACACUUAUUGUAAUGUUUACAAGCAAAAUAGAAAACACAUUUUAAGCAUUGAUUGGUUAACCUUACAAUUCAGGUAGAGUACGACAUUGUCACUGUACACUGGUAUUCUAUGUUGUGUAACAAAUAUUGAACCUCAGAUGACGAUGAAUUUGACAAAACCCAACAUUUGGAAAUAUGAAAGUUUGGAAAAGCUUUAAAAAUAACAGAAGUGCAGUUCUCAUUUCUGCUUAGUGCUAUUUCCUUGCCCCAAAUUUAUCUAGUGUCACAUAGUCACUUAUUUCAUUACAGGAAUAUCAGGUGUUGCACAAGAAUAAGGAAAUACCAGUACUAUUCAUUUUUUUUUUUGUUCCUGAAUCAAUUUCUUUAAUAUUGAUUUGGCCUAUUAGAAUAUAUUAUGUCAUAAACCAUAUGAAAAAACUCAGCACCCUACUUUAUGGCAUGAACUGUCAGCAUUUAUGCACUUAGCAAUAUACUGAUGCAGAGCAGAACUAUUUACAAUCCCAUCUGGUAUUAUGUAAAAUUACCAAUAAAAUAUUUUUGUGAAUACAGAUUUUGCAUUUUUGUUUACAACCAAUAAGUGUUUUGAUACACACAUACAAUCCAUGUGUAGAUUUUAAAUUAUAGAUUCAGGUUCAGUACAAAUGUCCAUUUAGCUCCUUUUAGUGAGGUAGUCUGCUUACUCCCAUUAUUCUUUUCUUUUUCAUUCAAAGUAAAUAUAUUUUUAAGCCCAUGUAAAAGUUGGGUAGACCUUACUGGUAGUGAAUCCAGCCCCAAAUUAUUACCAACGUAUGAUAUGUCUCCUAACAGCUAAAGCAAUGGAUUUUUGUAGCCCCUGACAAUUGUGAUGUUUGGUGGUUUCUUGUAGUAAUGUAUUUUUCUGUUUUUAAUGCAGUACUUCUACAGGCACAGUGGUACUGUUCUAUUUUGUAAAAUGCUAGUUGUGAAAUACAGUUAGUUGCAUAAAAUGAAAGUCUGAUGUGAUAUCUGAGAACAUACAUACCUCAUUCCUUGGUGUUGCUGUUUAAACUUUUUAGACAUCAAAUGUUAAUUAUAGGCUAUUUCAGAUGGAUAACUACUGACCUGUUUAUUAUGUAUUCUGCUUUAUCUUUCUAAAUAGGAUGUCUGUUCAUUGCCAUUACCUGGCCAAAUCUUAGUAUCUGUAAAACAAUGCAUUCUAAGGUUCUUAAAUGUUUUGGGGGCUGGGCUGGUAUGCAGAAUAACAUACACUAGUUUUUAAAAGAAAAAAAUACAUGCUUCUCAACUUUAUUUUUUUUAUAUUUUAUUUUUAGGUGGGACUAUUUGCGGAAUAUACUGAUGUAAUGGAUUACAAGAGAGCUGAAACUGUUUAAGCAGUUUAAUGGUAAAUGAUUUAUGAAAUGUGUUUCUAAUUUAAAAUGUAAUGAAUGCUAACACAUUUCAGAAUUCCUUGCAAACAAAUAAUAACCUAUUACCAGUAGUUCACUAAAUGGGAAACGUAUUUUCAUUUAACUUUAUGUGAAUAAACCACCCAGCACUGCCAACAAGAGGACUCUUUGUAUCUUCGGAAAUAAGUAGCCAUUUGGUUUGGACGGAAGGGAGGAUGGAGUGGACUUUACUAUGAUUCAACUGUCUCCAGAGAAUAAUCUCAAAAAUGUGGUACAAGCAUGGUUAUAAUCAAAAAGAAUGCAGAAAAGUCUCACUGUUCUUUAUGGAAUAAGACAUAAAAAAGCAGUUUCUAAUCAGAGAUACAAUACAGUUGUAAAAUCUCUGAUUCUAGAUCCUAGUCAGCUAGGAUCUAGAAACUGAGCUGUGGUGGUUUUAACUGAACUAUUACGUUGCCAGCGUUUACAAUGCAAUGAUGCCUGUUUUGGCAUUUGUUAAGGUAAUGUUUGCCUGUUUGUGAUAAAGGGAUGUGACAAUACUGACAGCAGAGUAGACAAAUUCUAAGUAGAAUAUGGCAUUUGGCUCUGUUCAUGUUAUAAUUUAAAUGAACUUCACUUUCAUAAUUUCUAAAUAUUUUUGACUUGUAGUAAUCCUAAAACCUUUUUCUAACUGUAAAUAUAUUUAAAAGCAUCUUUACUCCAUUUAUAAAAAGUGGAAAUUUAAUGUUGUAAUGUGUUUUGAUUAGCUAUUUUUCUCUGUGACUGCUCUCUGCAUAAGAACUGUUAUUUGUUAAAUCUGUAUAUGCGCCAGUCUUCAACAGCCAUACAUCCUGGGUUGUUCAUGAAGUGGUGACCCAACAAAGACAAGUGUGAUAGUGUUCCAUGUAAAUGAGUUCCUUUAUGUGCCGAUUGAUUGUCUGGUUUCAGAAAGGAAAAAGGGGGAGAAAUGAAGAAAAAUCAAGUAGAAAUAGUUCAUUGAUACAGUGUACAAUAAUACAGUCUCUUCUAUUCCUGGAUUUGCCAGUAAUUAUAGAUGGUAUAAGGAAGAGACAAAUAUACAGCUGUAGACUGUGAUCUAUUUUUUUUUCCUGAAUUUAAGUCUACAUAUUGGAGAUAAACAAAAAUUGUUCUACUUAGUAGCAGAUUAAAUUAUGCCAUAUAAAAUCAUAUAUAACAGAAAUGGUAGUAAAAAAAGAAUUACAUUAAAAAUGUUAAAAUUCUUGAUAUUAAAAAUCUUGAAAUUAAGACUAUGGCUGAAGUUUUAACCUAUUACAUGUUUCUCUAUUUGAUGUUUUGGGGCAUAAAUUGUAAAAUCUCAAAAAUUGUGUGAUUUUAUAAUUUGUGCACUUUACUCUUUAUGACCGUUAUGGGUAGCAUGUUUUUAGGUAGCCAUGUGUGAGAGAACACAUGUUCACUGUAGUUCACUGUAGUGUUCAGGCAGGUCUUCUAAACUUGGCACAAGUGUAUGGCUCUGCAUCUUAAAUUCUUUUAAUUUUCCUCUUUCAUGUCUCAAAAACCUGACAGCUUCCCACAUUCUGCUGAUUGAUUAUACUUUUGUUACACAGGAUGGAUUUGGCAUGGAACUGUCUAUUGUGUACUUUUUAUGUACAUCCAGGGUUCUUUAACUGUAUCUGCUUGGGUUUUUUUCUGUCAUAUGCCUUUAUUUGACUGUGCUCCCUGUUAGGGAGUCCUAGUAUACUUCCUUUCAAAUAUCAGAAACUAUAUGGAAAUAGAAAUACAAUUUAAUUUAAUUUCUCCAAAGGCAGCAGCAAGUGAUAUGCUUGUAAGUUUGGCCUGUGCUUACUCAGGAAUAAGAUAAAAUAAUACUGGUUUUGGCUAGUGGACCAGUCAAAUAUGCUAUUUUGAGAAUGCCUAUUUCUAUGUUAAGAGUUGAGGUGCUGGAAAUACACUUUGAGCUUUUGAUGGUUUUUCUUAGCUGAAAUUAUGCCCUGACUUAUGUCCAUCUCAAUUUGAACGGGUGUAACUUCAGAAACUAGUAACAGCUGUACAGUAAAAUCAGGCAAACUGAGGAAGCUCAGUUGGUUUUCUUUGGUACUGUCAAAGUUUUAAUAGGAGGAGAAACUGUUUAAAGGGACUUAAGAGAUUUGUCUAAGACAACAAUCAGAUAUUGAGCUUAGUUUGACUAAGAGGGACUCAUGUUUUAAUAAGAAUUAACAGGAUUUAACUACUCAAUUAAAAUUGGAAAAGUUAAUUACAAAUCAAUGCUUCACAGAAAUUAUAGUAACUUCUUGUCUAGAAUGGAGUAAAUGGUGCAACAGCAAUAGGUGGCUGCACACUUGCUAGUAAAUGGUGUUACCCAACAGCAAGUGAUGUUUAAGUGACGUUCCUGAGGCAUUACACAAGAAUAUUGUGAUAUGCUUAUGAACACGGCCUAGGAGUCCAGGUGUCCUUCCCCCCCACCUAAACUAUGCCACUGAAUUCAAACAGUGAGAGAAAAUGCAGUGAACAAAUAAAUUAGUUUCAGAUCCUAAAGUCCUAGUAAUGCAAGAGCUGUUUACAGCUUCUAUUUAAUUGUAGCGAUGAAAAUUAAUUAAAAUGAGCCACCACUGUAUAAUACUUAAUCCCUCAGGAGACGUUUUCGAUCUUAUCUUGCCCUUUUUAUCACGGGAAACAGAUAAAAGUAAUCUGAAAGAACUUGCUCUGUCCACUGACAAAGGAUUUUAAGAGAAGACAGUUUAACAUGCACUGGAAGUUUUAGCUGUACUUCUAAGGAGUUAAACAUGGAAGAUGAAGGGCAAAAUCAUAUUCCAUAGCUCAAAUGAGUAUUACUAAGAAUGAUCACAAGAGAUUGAUGCACUAUUUGGCAUUUCUAAAACACAAAGUUGUAACAUUAUCUAAUCAGUCCUUGUCUUAAAAGGACCUGUUUAGAAAGAAAAUCACCACCAGAAAAAACAGUGUUCCAGUAACAAUGAUUUAAAGAGUAGUUCCAAAAUGUAUAUUAUUCUGUGGAAAGUAUGGCGUAUCUUUACAAAGGUAGGAAUAUCUGAGCAAGAAGCCCUUUAGAACUACAUUUUCAGGAUCUAAGGCACCUGUAAAAGUGUAAUCUUUAAUUACACUGUUCUCUGUUUAUAAAUAUUGAUCUUAGUCAAAGUGCUUCCAAAGUGAACAAGCUCUGUUAAACUUUAAGAUUUUAGAAAUGUGGCUUUAGAGCACUGGUGCUCUAAUUUAUAGUGGACUUAUUGAGAAGACAGGUGAGGAAAAGAGUAUUCAUCAGGGGUUUUUUUAGAACCUGCUAACCAUGUGAUCAUAAUUUUCCUCUACUCUAUGAAGAAGCAAAAGUAUGCAGAAGAAGUAAAUAUAUGUAACCAGAGCUAAUGAAAUUUGGCUCUUUACCCCCUUCCCAAGCUCACCAGAUUCUACAAACUACAAAUUCUCUUUGGUUCAAAGGCAGCCAUGAGUACUUUGUCACUAGAAAAGGUUGUAGCUCAGUGACUUAGCAUCUGUUAGUUAAGACAACUGAGUGGUCAGGGCAAUUCUGCUUUCUGAAUGCCCACUUGGGAAUUUGCUAUUUACAUGCAUCUAAUAUAUAACUACCAUCUAUGAUAAGUCUUUUUCAAGCUGAUCCUUCUUUGCACAGCGUAAAUCAAAAUGCUUCAAUGCCAAGCCCAGUUCCUGACAGCACAGAUCUCUGGGCAAGAAAAUCUGCCAUCUGACUGAUCAUCUCUUACUGUAACAGCCUUCAGCUAUGAGUUAAUCUAAGCAGGGGAAAUCUCUUAAGGUUACAUGUAUUCAUUGAGUAUCACUACUCCCCCCUGUGAAGGAAACACAUUCUGAUUCCUUCUCUCUUUUCUCUUUUGUUCUUUUAAAGUAGAUCUGUAGUUUCAGGGGAUGCAGUGAGUUGGAAAUAAUUUAUUAUGCCUGCUUUUCUAAGUGGGGAAUUUGACAACUAUUCCCAGUCCUUCAACUCUAUCUUGGUUUCUGUAACACCAACAAUGGUACAUGGAGCUGAGAGGUCAUUAUCAAUUUUGUCAAUGAUUUCCCUGUUUCUAUAGAAUUGAUUUACUGAAUGGAUUCUUGCAGAGGAAACUUACUUAAACUGAUCCUGCACCAUUCAAGCACUCUGGCUGAGGUUGCUGGCAUUCUGUGAUGCUAAUUACUGGUCUUCAUAUCUGCAUUGCUGCAGGUGGUCUGCUUCUAUUGCUGGGAGGCUUCUAAACAUGGAAAAUGAGCAAAAUGCUUUCCAACUGAUGGAGGCGUAAUGUUGCCAAGUAACUUGCAGUACCUGCAGACUUUUUGAAAGGUGCAAGAAAAUGCUGUCGGUGCCAGCUGGAGAAGGAUGUCUGGGGAGCAAGCACAGAUACCGAGCAUUUUCUCAGCUUUCCCACAGAAAUUCCAAGUAGGCAGCUUCUGUUUCUAAAAUGUCAAACACCUUCAAAAACCCUCAGUCCAACAAAAAGACAGAGGACAAGGUGGGAAGGCGGGGAAGAACAAAGAAAAUGUAUUUUUUGAGAAUAAUGCCUAGAAAAGCCACUAUAUAAUGGCUUCUGUGUGUGUUUAGUAUUCCUUUCUCUGUGUACUGUAUUGGAAGUAGGCAGCAUUCCAUGCUUACAGAUGUGUGUUGCUUUGAUUCUUGAUGCUUGUUGGUUCAGUGACUCUUGGUCUAAAGAUAGAUGUAGGGUUUGUGAAUUUAAUAGUAAGUACCAUGACCAUUUCACUCUUGGAUAUAGGUCAUUUAUUGAAAGGGCAGAAGUUUUGAUUAAAGAGCUAGUCAGGAACAAAAUAAAUUCUUCUUUUACAUUUAGACACUACUCACUUUUAAGGGGUUAAUUCCUGAAUUACUAGAAAAAGGAUAGCUUUAUGUUGAAAGGAUAAAAAGAACCCAGACUAGAAUGGAUGUGGCUUCUGAAGAGUUUUGUGGCCAGUAGUUCAUAUGGCUGUUUUCAGUGAUUAUUCCACACCUUAGCCCGUUAAUCUUGAAGCAUUGGUAGGGCAUCCUCACAAACAAGUCAAAACUACCAACAGCACUGUCAGAUGCUCUUAAAAUUUACUAAGUGCCUUAUACAGAGCAUCAGUGAGGCAAUGGUUUGAUUGAAAGGAAGUUUGAUAGAAGAUUUGCUCCUCUGAAUGGAGUCACAGGUGAUCAGUUGUAACCAAGGUGAUGUUCCUGGUUAUAACGCGCUAGAAUCUUAAAUUUUGUUGCUGAUACAAGUACGUAAUAAGAAACAGUUGAGAAAUCUCUGAGGCUUUCAGUUUGUGAAACAUACAUUCUUUGGAGGAAAUUGGUUUUUUUUCUUCUAUUCGGCUGUGAUAGCCUACUGGAAUAGCACAGAAGUGAAUAAAACUUCUGAGUAUUUCUGGAUGCUUUCACACUUCUCGGUUUCUCAAUCAAGGACAGUAUUACCUUUCUUGGGAAGGGGUGCAUAAGCUGGUUUUAUUCAUAGGGUUUAUGUUUAUCCAACAGUACUUUUAAAGGAUUUUAUUGUCAGAAAAAGGGCUUGUUAUUUUGAAAAUAAAAAUCUUACCUGCCAGGUGUCUUCCCCAAAAUGAGUAAGUGCCUUUUCUGUUCUGACUCUUAGAAGUAUUUACUUUGUCAGAUUGAAUCUGAAUGUCCUGGAUAAACCAACCGUUAAAUACUGAGUGUUACCAAUGGCUUGAAAUCCUUUCACUGAAAGAACAGGAGACAGAAUGUAAGCCACUUGAAUGAUUUUGAGAGCUGAUGUUAUCAGAAGUUUUAUAACUGCUCUGAGUAGUAUACUUCUAAGAACAAUGUAACUUUUCAGGAACUUGAUAGGAAAUAAAUAUUUAUUAAAAGAAGUAUAUUAAAUAAAUAUUUAUUUACCAUUUUAAGAGAAAAUGUUACACCAUGGGGGCAAUGGUCUUGCUGUUAGCAGUCCUGAUUAUUCAAUUAAAAGUAAAACUGAGGCCCUGAACUCUGACUGUAAAAGAAUGUGUGGUAUUUGGUGAGAGGUUGGGACUGUGAAUCUUAGGUCCACAUUUGAAUAAAGUAAUUCUUCCUACCUAAGUUUUUACCAAUUCUCAAGCAGAAAAGAAAGCAUGAGCAGAUAUCAGUAAGAGGCCCUCUGGUUUUAUUGGUGCUGCUUCCUAUCUCUAGAGGAUUUUUUUUUUUUUAAUUUUGUUUUAUUUUUAAACUUUGCUCAGGACUGGUACAGCUGAAAGUAUAUUUUCCCUUAAUUCUUAAGCCUAGACUUUGAAUGGAGUUUCUCUGAGACACUUUUCUAGUGAAAUCAUAUUCCCUACAAACAUUGAAGACAAAAAUAAACAUCUCCGUGAACAAAA